AUGAAGAAUCGCUGCAAGUUGAUUAUCGAAAACCUGUCGCCGGCCAUGCUAAAAACCGAGAGCAAGCGGUUGGUCUCGCUCCAGCAUCGUGAGGCCAAGACGGACGACAUUGCGUUGCAUCAGUUGAUUCUCACCCGCGCCAAGAUGCAGCAGCGGUAUCACCUGAUGGAGCGCGAAGAGAAGGCUGACCGCAAGCAUCCUGUGGAACCGGACGGAGGCCGAGCGACACCGAAGCCGGACAACAGGAAGGCGGAGCCGAAGCCGGAAACCUCGAGGUCGCCGAGCAGCAGGCCCGGUGGCCCCCACCUUGAUCGCUUUUGUCCAACUGCUACGGAGGAGCAGAAGCAGCAGUGCUACCAGCGUCUGCGUGAGUCGAAGGUGGCCAAGAUCAAGGCUGCUCGU